GCAUUACGUCAUUGCUAAAUAUUUUGGUUUGCGGGUCACUGCAACUCAAUGAUCACGUCUAUUUACGUGCUGCGCAACAGUCACGGGACCACUCGUUGCACAACAGUACACGUAGGGGUGCAAAACUUGCAUUGUCAUCGUUGCAGCGACGCUUAGCAGUGAGAUUUUCCCAGCGAACGCCAACCGAGAAUCGACGAUGUCGCUUACCGUGAAAGCCUACCUAGAGCGCUCGGGAGGGUCGGCCGACCAGCCCGCCCAAGAGAUCCGCCGCUUCGCGAUGGACCCCGACGUGUCGUCCAACUAUGACUACCUGUCCCGUAAGGUGGCCCAGGUCUUCCCGUCCCUGUCCGACCCCGGAGACUUCAAGCUCUUCUGGAAAGAUGGCGAGGGUGACCUUGUGUCUUUCUCCAGUGAUGAGGAGCUGUUGGAAGCCCUCGGAUUUGUCAACGAUGGCAUCUUCCGCAUCUAUGUGAAAGUGUCUGGUGGAGGCCCCUCCCAGCCAGAUGGAAUCUUCCACCCCAAUGUGGUCUGCGAUGGAUGUAACGGCCCCGUCAUGGGGUCAAGGUUCAAGUGCACCGUGUGUCCCGACUUCGACCUGUGCGGGAACUGCGAGGGGGUCGGCCUGCACCCGGAACACGAGCUGCUCCGCAUGCGCAACCCGACUGCGCCCGGGCACCCCCCCUUCUGCGGUGGGAUGUUUGGACCCCCUCCACCCCCUGGCUGUCCCCCUGGACACCCCCACGGUGGUCCCCCUCACUUCCCUGGACAGCAGGGAUACGGACCAGGAGGGCCUGGCUGGUUCAUGCCUCGCCGCUGGUGGCGUCAUUGGGCCCGUGGGAUGUUCGGAGCCAACGCACAACGCGGCAGGCGCCGUUGCCAUGACGAAGAAGCCGAUCCCGAAACCGAGGCUGCCGAGGAGGCAAAGCAGGCUCCCGCCGACGGGGAACAGCCCCAGGAAUCCACCAAUCAGGAGGCCGGAGCGCAGGAGGACGGUACCCAGGAGUCGGGCGGCGCGGCGGGACCACGUGAGGAUGGCGGUGAGGCUCCGCCGGCCUUUGAUUACCUGCAGCACGUAGGACAGGCGGUGGCAAGCAUGCUGGAUCCCCUGGGCAUUGAUGUCGACAUUGACGUGGAGCACCAGGGCCAGCGCAGGAAGUGCCCGCGCCGCUGGGCGGAGUUUGAGGGCGCGUGGGGACAGCAGGGGCCGGAGUGCGGGCCCUGGAACUGGCCCGGCGGGAAGGGCGGAAGGUGCGGCCGGAAGGGCAUGAAGAAGGCCAUGAAGAUGCAGAAGAAGAUGCAGAAGAAGCAGGGGAAGAUGUCAGCAGAGGGAAAGGGAGCUGAGGAGGAGGAGGAGAGGGAGGUACCUGUUACCAUGGAAACACAGGAGGGACCACAGGCUGAGAAACAAGCAGAGCAGGAGGUCAUGGAGGUGACGAAGGAUGACAGCAGCAGCAGUGAUGCUGACGGUUGGACCCACCUCAGCCCAAAGGAGGGAGAGUUCACUAACGAUCAUGAGACAGGAGAGGGGGCAGAUGCCGCCAAACAGAAGCGCAAGGCCAAGGAGCAAGAAACUGUGGUGACGGCCCAACCACCUGCUGCGGGAACUGCAGGCACAGGGGGCGCUCCUGUCACCACCCAACCGUCACCCUCUCGCCCGACCGCCCCUCCCCCAGUCACUGCGGCUGCGGAGUUCGACAAACAGCUGGCUGAGGCGAUCGCACAGAUGGAGGCCAUGGGUUUCCGUGACGACAACGGCUGGCUGUCCUCCCUGCUGGUUGCCAAGAACUACGACAUCGCGCAGGUUCUGGACUCGCUUUACCCGACCGGGCGCAAGCCGGACAGCCUCCCGCCAUACGUGUAAGAUGACGGGCUCUCCGACUCACCCUCGCGACAAGUGACGACAAGCAGAACAGCUUCUAAUAGCUUAUACACAGAAAUAUGCUAGUUUAAGCAAUUUUUCCACUCAAGCAGAAUAGCGUCUAAUAGAAUAUACAGAAAAAAUACUAGUAUAAGCAGUUCUUGCACUUGCCUCAGAUAUAUUAGUAGAGAAAAUAUGAUUUAUGAUUUUCAUAUGAUGUUGACAUCCACGAGACAUCCAGACAGUCUUUGUUACGCAGUGUGACAACCAAGGUCACAUGUAGGAAGGUCAUACAACAACCUGCACAUCAGCCAUUCCUAGCUGUUUAUCACAAUUAGCAGUUCAACCAAUCACAGCAUAGUAAUUUACGAUUCGACCAAUGAAAAAGUGGCUGCAUGCCCAUCAUAUAUAUAUUCGCAUUUUUAUGCCUUAUUUUACAUUUUCACGGAGGUGGCUUGAGCUAUGGGAUUGGUCUGAUAGAAGAGCUUUGUCUUGUCAGUGAGGGGAGAGAAGCAGAGUUUUAUUGUUUUGCAAUUUUAAAUCAACUUUUAUCAUUAUUAAAUAACUCUCUAUGGUAAACUUAACUGUAUCCAGCUUCUUGCUCUGUCACUAUGUGUUAUUCACUAUCUUGGCAUUUAAAAGCUCAACAGGGAAGAUGAAGAAAGAUGUGGUACAUGUGGAAUGGAGAAUGUUAU